CUUACGGAGUUUGCGUAACUCUUCCCUCGCUCCCCUGAUGUCCUGCCGUACUGAGUUUACGCAGCUUGCGUACAGGGUGUGCGCAGUGGCCGAGUACGGUGCGGCCCGGGGCGCCGCACACUGCCACCGCCUUUCCCUGCCUCCGCGGCGGCGCUUCGCGGGCGGGGCUCUGCCUGGGGUGAGCGAUCCCCGCGGCCCGGCGCUACGCGAGGCCCGGGCGUUAGGCCGCGCCGGGAGGCCCCAUUUUCCGGGGUUUUAAACAGAAGGGGAAAAUGUCACUUUAUGAUGACCUGGGAGUGGAAACCAGCGAUUCGAAAACAGAAGGCUGGUCCAAAAAUUUCAAACUACUGCAGUCUCAGUUGCAGGUGAAGAAGGCGGCUCUCACUCAAGCAAAGAGUCAGAGGACAAAACAAACGACAGUCCUUGCUCCAGUGAUUGACCUGAAGCGAGGGAGCUCUUCUGAUGACAGACAGAUUGUAGACACACCACCUCAUGUAGCUGCUGGCUUAAAGGAUCCCGUACCUAGUGGGUUUUCUGCAGGAGAUGUGCUGAUUCCUUUGGCUGAUGAAUAUGAUCCUAUGUUUCCCAAUGAUUAUGAGAAAGUAGUAAAACGCCAGAGGGAGGAACGACAAAGACAGCGUGAGCUGGAGAGGCAAAAAGAGAUUGAAGAAAGAGAAAAGAGACGUAAAGACCGGCAUGAAGCCAGCGGGUUUUCAAGAAGACCAGAUCCAGAUUCUGAUGAAGAUGAAGAUUAUGAGAGAGAGAGGAGGAAAAGAAGCAUGGGAGGUGCUGCCAUCGCACCACCGACGUCUCUUGUUGAGAAGGACAAAGAACCUGUACCAUCUUUUCCAUUUGAAGAGGAGUCAAGACCUCGUGCACCAUCUGCCAAAGCAGCUAUUCCUCCCCCGGUAUAUGAUGAGCCAGAAAGACCGCGGUCCCCAACCGGGCCUAGUAAUUCUUUCCUUGCUAACAUGGGAGGCACCGUCGCUCAUAAAAUCAUGCAGAAGUAUGGUUUCCGAGAGGGCCAAGGACUGGGGAAGCACGAACAAGGCCUAAGCACAGCACUGUCAGUAGAGAAAACAAGCAAGAGAGGUGGAAAGAUCAUUGUUGGUGAUGCUGCAGAUAAAGUCGAUGCAUCCAAGAAAUCCGAUUCGAAUCCAUUAACAGAGAUACUAAAGUGCCCAACGAAAGUGGUCUUACUAAGGAACAUGGUAGGUGCUGGAGAGGUUGAUGAAGAUCUAGAAGGUGAAACUAAAGAAGAAUGUGAAAAAUAUGGCAAGGUUGGGAAAUGUGUCAUCUUUGAGAUUCCUGGUGCCCCUGAUGAUGAAGCAGUGAGAAUAUUUUUAGAGUUUGAGAGGGUCGAAUCAGCAAUUAAAGCUGUGGUGGAUCUGAAUGGAAGAUACUUUGGUGGACGAGUGGUGAAGGCUUGUUUCUACAACCUGGAUAAGUUCAGAGUACUGGACCUGGCAGAGCUAGUCUGAUUUAAGGACCUUUAGGUCAGGUUGUCACCGUGCCAGCGAUUGUGUUUUCAGCUGGAGGCUGGGAGUAGAGAGAAGACGGCAGCAUUCCUAGCAAACUGGAAACAAGCCCCCUCGAAUGGAUUUUUUACAUUCAUUGUGACUGACGCUUAUUUUGUUCUGUUUUUUAAGUAUAAAUCCUUUGAAAGAUUCACAUCUGUGUGUUUUGAUUGCACAAGUUCUGUUUACUGGUCUGGAAUCCUGUGUUUUGUAGCUUUCAAUGAAUUGCACUCUCUUGAAACCCA